GAACAAGUUGGUGACUCAGCCCGCACAAUCCAUUGUUCAAUUCUUUAGAGAGCAUCAAUGAGCUUUAGUUGGAUCGCAACAUGCCAAGCGAAUGGGUAUUUCUGAUCUUCUGUCUGAUCCCAAUGGCCUCCGGGGGCACUACGGCACCAUCGCUGAGUGCCAGUCCCAUAGUCUUCGCCCGGAAUCUGUUUCGGGCGCUCAACGAUGAAGUUCCGCCCGUGAAUAUGAUGGUAUCUCCGGCUGGUGCCCGCAGUGCCAUGACCUUGGUGUUCAUGGGGGCCAGCGGGAAGAGUGCAGAUGAACUGCGCUCCAAAUUGAUCCUGGGUGUGUCAAAUAAAUCGGAAGUGGCCAAACAACAUGCGGAGUCCUGGACAGAUGAGUGCUCCUGUGCGAAAAAAGGAGUUGCGCUGCGUUUGGUCACCCGAUUGUACGUCAAUGAAGAGGAGAAAAUCCGGACUGACUUUAAUGACAUGGCCUUGGAGUUCUUCAAUGCUGAGGCUUAUUCUCUUAACUACUUGAACCCGGAAGAUUCUGUCAAAAAAGUUAACAAAUGGCUAGAAAAACAAACGUUUUACACUGUACGAAAUCUGUUUACGCCCGAGGUUUUCAAUUCCGAUUCCAGUGUAAUCCUUGUCAACUCACUGUUCUUCCGAGCCAAAUGGGACAAUAUAUUCCCCCAGCAACUUACCCAGGUAGAUGACUUCUGGAUCAAUCUUCUCCAGCGAAUAGAAGUUCCCAUGAUGAGGCAGAUUGGUCAGUUCCGCUAUGGGGAGUCCAAGAAACUAAAGUCACAGAUCCUGCAGUUGCCCUUUGAGAGAUCCAACUUGACCAUGAUGAUUAUUUUACCGACUGCUAUCGAUGGCUUGCCCGAAUUGGAGGAAAAACUUGGUCAACUGGACAUGAACGAAGUAGCCGCCAAAAGUCUAAUGAAGGAAGUGGAUGUAACCAUUCCAAAAUUCAGGAUCGAGUGCGCUGUUGAUCUUAAGGUUCCACUACAAAAGAUGGGUAUAAAUAGUGUUUUUGAGACUGGACAAGCGGAUUUGAGCGAUCUUUUUGAAAUGAAAACACCACACAAGAUUUCGGAGGCCAGACACAAAGUAUUUCUAAAUGUUACUGAAUUUGGGUGCGAAGUAGCACCAGAAGCAGAGGUUCAACCCGAAGUUCUCAAGAAAAAUCCCGAUCGCAAGUUCUUCAAGGCCGACCGCCCCUUCGUUUUUGCCAUACGCGACAAGAAAAACGUUUACUUCGUUGGCCAUUUCAUUAAGCCCUAAUUGCAUGUAUUUUGAUGGUGAUGGCCCACAGGCAAUCACGCCAAAAUGGGCAGUAUCCCAAUGAACUUCAAAAUAUUGCAAAACAAAUGUACACAAUGAAUGCGAAAUACAACAAGAGAAAACGA